AUGGCUUAUGAUGAUUCCUGGUAUUGGCAUGGGGACCCCAAGGGUUGCUACUUGGUUAAGAAUGACUACAGAACCAAUAGAGCCUUGAGUGAUAUUCUUCCUACUACUAAGAACUUGCUUAUAAAGAGGGUGGAGGUUGAUCCUAUUUGUGCCAUGUGUGGGAUCAAUCAAGGGGACACUAUGAAAAUUUUGGUAUUGUGUGAUUUUGCUAGAACCAUUUGGUGUGAAUCCAACCUUCCAAUCCCCAAUAUUGUGACAAAUGUUUUUCAUACUUGGUUUGAAGAAGUUACGAAUAUUCUAGACACUAAUGGGAUGAUGUUCACAACUGCUAUUCUUUAUCACAUUUGGAGGGCGAGAAAUGGUGCGGUUUGGGAAGCAUGUCUACCGACACCGCUAAAGCUAGUAGCUACCGCUACUGCCGCAUUGCACGCGUGGCGCCAAGCUCACCCAGACAGCAGCCCCCCGUCCUCGACCGAAGCUGCCGAGCCGACCACGAGCAGUGCUGCUGCCUUCAACCUCGUUGCUGCCCCAUUGCGGAGAUGUCGUUUCGACGCUCGAUUCCAGUCUUCAGCGAACAAAGCUACGGUGGGUGCAGUGUUGUUCGAUGAAAGCGGAAGUUAUGUCGUGGCUUUCAAUGCCAACCUCCCGGAUUGCUUCUCUCCGUUAAUAUCUGAUGCUUUCGCAUGUAAGGAAGCCUUGUCUUGGUUAAGAGAUCGUGGAGAGAAUUUGAUUGAGUUACAUACAGACUGUUUGAGUCUUCAACAUUAUUUGUCCUCGGUCGCUGGCCCCGUCAGUUCUUAUGUCGGCUUUGCUAUUAAUUGA